CUUUCGCAGAGGAGGUGUGAACAAUAAAACUGAUUUGGGGAAACAGUUCAACACUACACUACUCUACGCUAAAAUCAAUCAGUGUUGCGGUAAUUCCGAGUCAAGCAGGAUCUUUAACAUCACAAGUCGAAUUCAUCUUUGUGACUAAUUUCAUUGCUGUGGUAACUCUUCAGCUGACUGCUUCACGGAACAGUUGAGUUGAGCAGAAUCUGAUUCGUCACAAGGAAAGACACACAAGAAUGGCAGACAUGCUAAGGGUUUUGGAAAAUGCGCUCGAAGAUAUUGAUGACCUUACCGAAGAUCAGUCCUUGCAGGAUAUACAAAUUGCCGAACAAUUAAAACAAAAAACAGAAGAUAUGUUUUCCAAACUGAAGAAAGCCAUUGAAAGUCUCCAUGGAGCGGCUGAUAAAAUCGAACAAGUCUGGCGUGACAGCAGGGUAUUGCGUGCUAGUGGAACCUCCAUCGCCAUAUUCGGGAGCGUCUUCACCAUUGCUGGAGGGAUUGCAACAAUUAUGUCGGCGGGGAUUGCCUCGCCCCUGUUAUUCUCAGGGGUGGCCGUUGGCGUUGCUGGAGCGAGUGCAAACGUUACCGGUAGCAUCAUGGAAGCAGUAAUCAAAUCCAAAGAAGUCGAAAAAGCCAAAACAGACUUAAAAGAGGCAAAAGAAGGCAUAAAGGAUGUGAAGGAGAUUAUUGAAGACUGCUUGAAGAAAGAAAAGCUUUCAUGGUUUCUCUGUAUUCAAAAGCUGGCAAAGGAUAGAAAGUGGAACACUCCUGUGUUAAAAGUCGUUGUUGGGCUGGUUCAGGCCGCGAAGGUACUUUCGAACAGAGGGCAGGCCUGUGCAGGAGCAGCAGUAAAGGCUCUUGGAGAAGAGGCUGGAAAGGCUGGUGCAGGAUCUGCUGGCAAGGCUGGCAUGGAAGCAGCUGGGAAGGUAGGUGCAGGAACUGCAGAUGACGUCCUGAAUACUGGAAUGAAAGCAGGAAGCAAGGUUGCUGGUCAGGUGAUCAUAGGAGUCAGUGCUGUGUUUUUGUUGUGGGAUGUUGUCAAUCUCAGCUGCACAAUCGAUGAACUUUGGCAAAACAAGGGAUCCGACGCUGCCAAAGAUUUGAUAAAAAAGGCAAAGAAGCUUGAGGACAUUUUAAACAAGUUAGAACAGGGAGAAAUGGUUUGAACUUUUUUGAACUGAUCUCGUAAACAACUGAAAAGUUAUCAAUUCAUAAUACAAAGCAACUAAGAUUUUGAAUGAACACUAAACUUUAAUGCAGAAAACGAUUUACUCUCGGUUUGCCAUCUUGUAAUGAUGUUGUGCUAACAUAAAAGUUUAUCAUGGAAGAAGUUGAUAAUGGCUGUGAUAAACCGUGUCAUCUACCGUGGCUAAUUUUGAAGAGCUAGCGUAUCAAGCUUUGACAAGGUGUAGCAUAUUCCGGUAGUAGCUAAGAGAAGUAACCAGCUCAGGGAAGACUAAUAGGCUUUCAGGAGUCAAAUAAGACAAAAAUAUCAGUAAUUACUCAUAAAAGUAAAAUUUUGUAACAAAACAUCUUAAUCAAGUUUUCUCUGAAGUCAAGUUCGUUCAUUAAUAUGUAUACUGCAGUUUUAACAACAAAUACUGCAGCAAAUACUGUAUAACUUUGUAAAUUAUAAUUUACAAAUACGAACAGUAGCCGUCUGCAUUAAAAUUUUUUUGUCAGA